ACACUCGUCGACGCAAUGCUCUGUACUCUGCCCUACAGCCUACUGUCCGUUACCCCCGCAGCUGAAGGCGGUCGAUCGGGAACCAAGAGGCACCACUAUCCCCGUCUGGAGGUGACCCUGCUGGGCAGAGAGGAAGGACUCAGUCAGAUGGCCGCGGCGACGGGCAUAUGCGCCGUCUUGCUGGCGAUCCUCGCGGCGGCGCCGUCCGCGCGGGGGCUCGGCCGCGACGAGUUCCCGCCGGGGUUCCUCUUCGGCGCCGCGACGUCCGCUUACCAGAUUGAGGGCGCGUACCUGGAGGACAACAAGAGCCUCAACAACUGGGAUGUCUUCACCCACACCCGGCCUGGAGGAAUAAGGGAUGGACGGAAUGGGGACGUAGCGGACGAUCACUACCACCGGUACAUGGAAGAUGUGGAGAUCAUGCAUAAUCUGGGCGUCAACUCGUACAGAUUCUCAAUUUCAUGGUCGAGAAUUCUACCACGGGGGCGGCUUGGAGGCGUUAAUUCAGCCGGAAUAGCUUUCUACGAUCGCCUCAUCGCCGCGCUCCUGCAGAAAGGGAUAGAGCCAUUUGUGACACUGAAUCACUUUGACGUGCCGCACGAAAUGGAGACCCGGUACGGCAGUUGGCUGGGCGCCGGAAUCCGAGAGGAGUUCGACUACUACGCGGACGUGUGCUUCAGGGCGUUCGGCGACCGGGUCAAGUACUGGACGACGUUCAACGAGCCGAACCUGUUCACCAAGUUCGCCUAUUUGCUGGGCGAGUACCCUCCCAACCACUGCUCCCCGCCGUUCGGUGCUUGCAACAGCGGCAACUCUCGCCGGGAACCCUACGUCGCGGCUCAUAACAUCCUGCUGUCCCAUGCCGCCGCCGUCAACAACUACAAGAAGAAUUACCAGGCAAAGCAAGGCGGCUCGAUCGGGAUCGUCGUUGCGAUGAAGUGGUAUGAGCCGCUGACGAAUAGAACGGAGGAUAUCCGGGCAGCACGACGAGCGCUGUCCUUUGAGGUAGAAUGGUUUUUGGACCCGAUAUUCUUUGGUGAUUAUCCAAGGGAAAUGCGUGAGAUGCUAUCAGCAAACUUGCCAAAAUUCACCCCAGAGGAGAAGAAGUUGAUGCAAAACAAGGUGGAUUUCAUCGGGAUAAACCAGUACACGGCAAUUUACGCCAGAGACUGCAUCUCCCUUCCCUGUAACAUUAUGACUUACGAGGGGAACGCGAUGGUCCUAGCCACUGGUGAAAGAGACGGCGUACUAAUUGGAAAACCAACUGCAUUCAAGGGCUAUUAUGAUGUUCCACAAGGCAUGGAGCAGGCUGUCAAGUAUGUCAAUGAGAGAUACGAGAACACGCCUGUCUAUGUUACUGAGAACGGGUACUCGCAACAGAGCGAUAACAGCGUUGAAGACUUGAUCAAUGACGUCGGGAGAGUCAACUACCUGCAGGGUUAUCUCACAUCCAUCUCUUCAGCAGUCAGGAAAGGAGCAAACGUGCGUGGCUACUUCGUGUGGAGUCUCAUUGACAACUUCGAGUGGGGAUUUGGUUACACCGUAAGGUUUGGGCUGUAUCACGUGGAUUUUGAGACGCAGAAGAGGAUCCCUAAGACGUCGGCCAAGUGGUACAGAGGCUUCCUCGCGGGCGCUGGGCCGGUGGAUGAUCAAGUGCAAGCGCUGAAAGCAGAUUCCUGAAGCCAGAUUGUGUGUUUACGUUUUUUUUUUCUUUUGAACUUUGGGUAUUACCUCUGCGCUGAAAGCAGAGUACUCCCUAAUCCCUACCAUCCCUACCAUGCACAUAGCCAUAGAUAUAGAUCACAUAUCCACACUUCUCUAUUGUGUCGUGCAGAAAAUGCAAAAUUGAAACAUUGUACAAAGUUAUACUCUUUAUUGCUCUCUCCGUUACAUAAAAGUUGGCACGGCUUUGAACUAA